AUGUAUCCCCAGCCACCUGUCCACAGCUACUCGGCACUGGAAUCAGACGGAGGACCGCAGGACUGGAACAGUGUAUACCUCGAUCCUGCGGGCUCCGAGGGGCGCGGCCUAGGGUUUUCAGGUCUCGCGGACGACAACUACGCAUAUGAUAUUCAUGCGACAGGAUGUAUGUCAUACAGCCAGCAUGACUUCCCCGAGGGACAGCAGGAAACGGACGGUAGCCAACAAAUUCAUCUUUCGCGAAUCCUCCAAGACGGGUCUAGUUUAUGCGACGCGACUUACAAUUAUUCAGAGGCUCAAGAUGACGACUUCCGCCCAUUUCCAGAUGAAGACUUAUUCGAGACACUCGUUUCCGCUCCCCUCGCGAUACCCUACGGGGAACACGCUCCUCCUUGUGCGAUGCCGGUACUCCAGCCCGUCAACGUCGCCUACGACCGACUAGAAGAUACGCCCUUUUCAGGGGAGCAAGACUCGGAGUCAUUCUACAAUCCUGCGGCGUCUCACAACCUCGACGUCGCACACGGUCUACCUGCGCAGUCCCCUCAGGAACGCGAUGCAACCUACUACGUACACGAAGAUCUGCGGCACGUUGACAGUCUACCCGCUGCACCCAGUGAAGGAUCGCACGCCGUCAACGAUCAACCGGCCGGACGUGAAGGCCCUCCCCGAGUGCGGGACCUUUUCCCAAUCCAUGUGCAGCCACCAUGGUUCGUUCCCUGCUUUGAGGACUCGUGGUUCAUUCCCCAGCUUGUGUACGCAGGGAAAAAGGCUCGUUCAGACCAGACACUACUACCUUCGCAGUUCAUGGACGUAAACGUCGCUGUAUCGGAUGCUGCCGAUCCAGAGCGCCUCGCUCGUGCCUUGGAAGACCCUUUGGGCCCCGGCUUCCCCGAGGAUGCUGGAACACUCGGUAGGAUAGGUCAAAAAUUCACCGUCCGCUACGUGUGCAUCGAUCACCGCCGACAGCUAGCGUGGCAACUGACUAACCCGAAGCAGAUAAACGAAUACGUUUGUACUACUCGUCAACCCCCCAACCCAUUCCUCCAGGCAGCGCGAAUCGUUCACGGGGACAGUGAGACGGAGUCGCGCGAGGACCCCAGGUCGAAACCCCUCGUGCGUAUCGCUCUGGUUGUCUUCGCCGUGCAGGAGCUGCAAGAGUACCUGGCGAAGCUGGAGGCCGAGGACGUCCCAUUAACUUUCCGUGAUGUCAAAGUCGACUUCUGCCACCUACGUAUCAUCGCGCUUUUCAGACCCCAGCCCGCCGCCGUCCAACCUACACUCGACAUUCUUCCUGAAUUUCGCCAUAUCUACUCCAAGACAGCCUAUCAUUCCUAG